AACGGUAACAAAACACCGGCGUGGCCGCUGUCACAGGUUUUUCUCUGCUAUUAGUUUACCAGCGGAAAAAUUCCAAGCAGCUGUGUGGUUGAUUUCAACGUCAAAAACGGAAUGCUCCGAAGUUGGGCACUUUUGAUAUAGACCCUCAUAACACGAAAGGGGCUUGUGACCGCCAGAUCACCCUCCUUUUCUGGGGGAAUUACGGAAGAACGUGCACAGACACGCAUUUGCAUGAAUGCGUAUACGUGUGAGUAUUGGAGAAAUUUUGUUGUCGGCAAUUCAUACAGAAAGGCCGCACGAAACGUCGGUUUGUCUGCAUUUCGCAAAAAUACGGAGUGGGCUCGUUGUGAAGUGUGAGAAGACUGUUGCCGCGUGCAUUCGGAGCGUCAAUUAACAGGAUUUUAACACCUGGCACCAUCCAACGGGAAUAAACGGUUUACGGGCAGACAAGUUGAUUAUAGAAUGGCCGGGAACUUUUGGCAGAGCUCGCAUCACCAACAGUGGUUACUCGACAAACAGGACUUGAUCAGGGAACGCCAGCACGAUCUGUCGGUAUUAACAGAAGAGGAAUAUCAAAAAAUAUUCAUUUUCUUUUCCAGCAUGAUACAGAUGAUAGGUGAACAGUUAAAAUUGAGGCAACAAGUGGUAGCUACUGCGACAGUCUAUUUUAAAAGAUUUUAUGCCCGCAAUAGCUUAAAGUGCAUAGACCCUCUAUUAUUAGCUCCUACUACAGUCUUUUUGGCGUCGAAAGUAGAAGAGUUUGGAGUAAUCUCUAAUAGUAGACUGAUAUCGACAAUGGGAAAUGUAAUUAAGAACAAAUUUAGCUACGCGUAUUCGCAGGAAUUUCCAUACCGAACAAAUCAUAUCUUGGAGUGCGAGUUUUAUCUCUUGGAACACCUGGACUGUUGUUUGAUAGUGUAUCAACCGUACCGUCCCUUGUUAACGUUAAUUCAGGAUGUGGGACCAGAUGAUCAGUUGCUCAUGCUAGCAUGGCGUAUUAUUAAUGAUAGUCUGAGAACGGACGUGUGCUUGCUAUAUCCACCUUAUCAAAUAGCUAUCGGCUGUCUGCAAAUAGCUUGCGUGAUACUGCAAAAAGACCUAAAAUCAUGGUUUGCGGAAUUAAACGCAGAUAUGGAAAAAAUUCAAGAGAUAGCGCGGUAUAUAAUAAAUUUGUAUGAAUUGUGGAAAAAGUAUGACGAAAAGAACGAGAUGCCAGCUAUACUAGCCAAAAUGCCAAAGCCAAAAGCAGCGCCACAGCGUUGACAGCAAGUUCUUGAUUCACCAAACGUUUGGGAUUCAUGCUGAUGCAGUGAAAUGCUCCAAUUUAAAAUCUGUCCUUUUCCUAAAUCCUUUUUCUAAAUGUAUAUUUCAUUAUCGGGGGUACAUAGAGUUGACGAAUAUCAUUCUGCAUUUAUUUCUGCGUAACAAUUUUAAACCAAAAUUAUGUUUAAAAAUGUGUUUGAGCGAUAAUAAUGCAGGAUUAUUUAAUACUUUUACUCGAUGCUCGAUAUAGCGCGUGGGUGUGAAUUGUACACGCUACAGUUGAAUGAUUACAUUUAAUUAAAUUUAAUUCAACAUUAUUCGCUAUCCAAUAAGUGUGCAAUAAACUAUUAAUUCGUAUUUUAUUUACAUAUUUUUUAUCUAGACAUUUUAUUUUACCACCUGUAUACAGUAUUAAUUAUUGAUUGAAAUUAUAAAGAUGUUACUUUUACACCAAAAUGGUUCAUUAAAAAAUAUUUGGAACAUACUAUAUCGAGAGUCGCGUACUAAAUUUACUUUAGGAAUGUAGUAUUGAAAAGAUAUUUGGUUGACGGCUGUAUUAUAUAUUCCAAUGGGGAAAUUAUUUAUUAUGAUGUGAGAAAUUGCAAUAGAUAUUAAUCUGAUAAACCAAAUUGAGAAUUGAUAAAUUCUGAAUAAUUCCUUCCUGAUUGUAUACAUUUUAUAAUUGGAGUAGGAAUAAAAGAGUCAACAUUAAA